ACAAGUGCAACUUAAACUUCCCUUUAUAAAUUGAAUUAAGAACAUGGAACUCCGAAGCUGAUUUAAAUAUUUUCGAGCUUUUCCAAUUUGAUGGCGUUUGUGGGUUUAUUUGAAGUUUUUUUGCCUCUCGUUUGCUUUCUGCUUCUCUACUGCUUAAGAGAUAAGUAUCAUGGACCUCCAAAGAGUUUCCCACUUGUUGGGAUGAUGCCACAGUUUCUCUUCAACAUUCCUCGACUGCACGACUGGUUUACCGACACACUCGAGAUAUGUCACUGCACUUUUCUUUUCAAAGGGUUUGCUAAGAUGAACGUACUGGUUACCUGCGAUCCUUCCAACAUUCACUACAUUAUGAGUUCCAACUUUAACAACUUCCCCAAAGGACCUGGAUUCAAACAGAUUUUUGACAUCUUGGGAGACGGGAUUUUCAAUGUGGAUAUGGAUUUGUGGAGAAAACAAAGGAUAGCUGCUCAAGGGUUCAUGAGGCAUCAGCUGUUCUACCGGUUUUUGUCAAGGACUACCGGAGCCAAGGUGGAAGAGGGGCUCAUUCCUCUUCUUGACCAUGUUGCCAAACGAGGUUUAGUUGUUAACUUAGAAGAUGUUUUCCAGAGGUUCGCAUUUGAUGCUACCUGCAUCUUGGUUACUGGCUAUGACCCGAAUUGCCUCUCUGUCGAAUUCCCUAAUGUUCCUUUCUCCAAGGCCAUGGAUGAUGCUGCCGAAGUGAUGUUUUAUAGGCACAUCACGCCACAAAGCUUUAUUAAGUUGCAGAGGUGGAUGAACAUGGGACAAGAAAAGAAAUAUAGAAAGGCAUGGGAGGUUCUUGAUCAUAUUAUGGCUAAAUAUAUAUGCCAAAAAAGGAAAGAUUUGAACCAAGGGAUGAUAUCAGAAACUGUGGAUGGUGGUGUGGAUAUCUUAACAUCAUACAUUCUUGAAGAGAAGUCAUGUGAUGAUAAAUUCUUGAGAGAUACCAUUUUGAAUAUGAUGCUUGCAGGGAGGGACACCACCAGCUCUGCUCUUACUUGGUUCAUUUGGCUUGUUUCGAGGCAUCCGAUAGUGGAAAACAAGAUCAUUGAAGAGCUCCAAUCGAUAAUACCUGCAGAGGAAACCAAAAAGAGGCGACUGUUCAAUGCUAAGAAGGUAAAGAAUUUGGUUUAUCUACAAGGAGCAUUAUGUGAGGCUUUAAGGUUAUAUCCCCCGGUUCCUUUCCAACACAAGGAACCUCUUAAACCAGACACGCUUCCAAGUGGGCAUCCAAUUCAUCCAACAACCAAAAUCGUGUUUAGUUUGUACUCAAUGGGAAGGAUGAAGUCGGUCUGGGGUGAAGAUUGCUUUGAAUUCAAACCAGAAAGAUGGAUUACCGAGAAAGGAGGGAUCAAACAUGAGCCAUCAUACAAGUUCAUGUCAUUCAAUGCAGGGCCAAGGACAUGUUUAGGAAAGGAUGUGGCUUUUCUUCAGAUGAAAGCCGUGGCAUCUGCUAUUAUUUAUAACUAUCGUAUUCAUGUAUUGGGAGAAACUCCAGUUGUUCCAACUGUAUCCAUUAUCCUGCGCACCAAAGAUGGACUGAUGACUAGGAUCUCCCCCAGAUGGGACUAGAUGCAUCACAGCGGCUUGAAAGUUGAAAUUCUAUUAUUUAUAAACAAAAUCAUAAAUACUUUCUUGAGUUGGUGACAUCAAAUUCAAUCAAAGACUUCGUUUAUAGAUA